CAUAGUCUUAACUUGUUCAAUGCCAGGAGGCCAGAAGGGUUCAGCAGUUCCAACAUGGGUUCAAGUCGCUCUGAUAGUGCUGCAAAGGAGCGAUUGAAAUGGACACAAGAACUGCAUGAUUUAUUUGAAAAAGCAGUUAAUCAGCUUGGCGGUCCUUACAGGGCAACACCAAAGGGUAUCUUGAAGGCUAUGAGAAAGUCCGAGAUAACGAUAUACCAUGUGAAAAGUCAUUUACAGAAAUACAGGAUGUCGAAGUUUAUCCCAGAGACGCCCAGUAAAAACAAGUUUGAAAGGAGAAGUAUUUCAGAAAUAUUACCAAACUUCAGUGCAACAUCGGGUGCUCAGCUAAACGAAGCAUUGCAGAUGCAAAUGGCAGCCCAGAAACGAAUGAAUGAUCAACAUGAGGUUCAGAGGAAUUUGAAGGUGAAAAUUGAAGCACAAGGAAGGUUCCUUGAGAGAAUCGCGGAAGAUUACAAAAACUGUCCAAACAUUGCAAAACGUGCCAAGUUUCUAUCUCCUACAUCACUUCCAUCACUGUGUGAGGAGUCCGAGUCUAGUGCCAAGGAAUUUGAAUCUGAUUUUGAAAACAAAACUGAAAUUACGUCAGAUGAGAAAUUUCCAGCACCAAAAAGGCUUCAGAUGGAGUGUGACAAUUUCCAACAAAUAUAUAGUAAAUAUGCUUCAGUUGCUUCGGAUACACAUCUGCAACAAUGCGUGCUCACACCUAAGCGAUCAAAAAUUUCUUAUCAAUCUCCAGAAAUCAGCUUCCCGUGGAAUGCUGCUGCUUACUGCCAGUCACCUCUUAUGCCAGCUUCAUAUGGUUCGUUUUAAUUUACAGUAUGUUUGUUGGACUGCAGGAUGAUUUUGGGUGUCGAAUGUAUUAAAAAUAAAACCCAAUCAAACAUUUUAAAUAAUACGUUAGAGAAUGGGAUCUCUUGUUACUCGUAUACUAUAUAUUACAAAUCGACAGAGGCGAUCCCUGUGUAGCCCUGUAUAUAUGUCAGUGCUGUAAAGUAUCAAAUGCUUGUCAUGUGUGAAAAUGAUAUUAGAUUUAUCUUUUGUUACAAAA